UGCACACUUACAGAUUCUUGCCAACAGCCAUUAAACACCAGAAGAAGAAGAAGAAGAAGAUAGGUUCCUACCGGCGUUAUUUGGCUGUUGCACAUGGCUGAAUGUACCGCGUGAGGAGCUGUCUCCAAGCAUCACAGUGAAACAGCUAGCUGUGAUGGCCAAGCUCGCGGGCUUUGAGUUUUGGAGGAAGACCCUGAAGGAGGCGAGUUUUGUUGUAGCACCUAUGGUGGACCAGAGCGAGCUGGCCUGGCGUCUGCUGAGCAGGAGACACGGUGCUCAGCUCUGCUACACUCCAAUGCUGCAUGCUCAGGUAUUUGUCCGGGAUGCGAACUACAGGAGAGAAAACCUUUACAACGAAGUCUGUGAGGAGGACAGACCUCUCAUUACUCAGUUUUGUGCAAAUGAUCCUGAGGUGUUCCUCCAGGCUGCUUUCCUGGCCCAGGACUAUUGUGAUGCUAUUGAUCUCAAUCUGGGAUGUCCACAGAUGAUAGCUAAGAGAGGGCACUAUGGAGUUUUUCUGCAAGAUGAAUGGGAGCUGUUGGAGAAGAUGCUCAGUUUAGCCCAUGAAAAACUCUCCGUGCCAAUCACCUGUAAGAUCAGAGUCUUCAAGGAGAUCGAGAAAACAGUCCGCUAUGCUCAGAUGCUAGAGAAAGCUGGAUGUCAGCUGCUGACAGUACACGGCAGAACCAAAGAUCAGAAAGGAGCCUUCACAGGGAUCGCUAGUUGGGAGCAUAUUAAGGCAGUCAGGAAAGGAGUAAAUAUUCCAGUGUUUGCAAAUGGUAACAUCCAGCAUUUGAGUGAUGUGGAGCGCUGCAUUCAGGAAACAGGAGUGCAGGGGGUUAUGAGUGCAGAGGGGAACCUCCAUAACCCGGCACUAUUUGAGGGCCGCAGCCCCCCAGUUUGGGAAAUGGCAGAGGAAUAUCUGGAGGUGGUAAAGCAAUACCCUCCAUGCUCGCUGUCCUACAUACGAGCCCACCUCUUCAAGCUCUGGCAUCACACGCUGCAGAUCCACCAGGACCUGAGGGAGGAGCUGGCAAAGGUGAAGACCCUCGAAGGUUUAGCCAAUGUUAGUGCACAGCUGAAGCGGCGCUGCCAGGAGGAGAUUUCUGAUGGGAAGGAUGGAGACGAGAAAGAAGGGGGUCUGCCCUUCCCUCACUGGAUCUGCCAACCUUAUGUCAGACCAGCGCCAAAGCCUCCAAUGACCAACGGCACCCACCAGGAGUCCCAGGUGAGGAAGGUGUGUCAGAAAAGGGCACUGGAGGACUCAGACAAAGCAGCUGAAGGCCUGUCCAAAAACAAACAGAAGAAAAGAUCCCGCAACCCGAACAAGAAUUUCUGUCCUGAGCUGAAACCCAAAUACCUCAAAUGUGAACAAUGUGGAAACCCAAAGGGAAAUAAAUGUGUCUUCAACUUGUGUCGAGGCUGUUGUAAGAAGAAGGCUUUUAAAGAGGUGGCAGAUUGUCCAAGUCAUGGACUGAGGUUCAAGACCAAAGCAGAGAAACAGAAAGCUGAAGAAGACAAGCAGAAGCAGGGAGACUGGACAGAGGGCUCCAUGAUGGAGCCUGAGAAAAACAACCAAACUCCUCAGGCAGCUGCAGCUUCCUGUACGAAGCUGAAGGAGCAGGCCAUGGCUUAGCUGCUGCUCACAUCAGGACAAAGACGGUCUCUGAAUGCACAAAGCAGACCCCUGCUGAGAAGGGUCUGAGCUGUCCCUGCAGGGUUCUGUGGUUAUUGUUUUUUGUGGUCUGUCAAACAUUUUCAGAUACAUAACAUCACAUUCCAACCAUGUUGGUUUUGUCUGAAAUGUUUUUUUAUUUGGAAAAAUGAGCACAGUAAAAGUUCCUGUGAUAAACUGGUGGUACUGGGGUGUAAAACAAACCUUUUUAUGGAAUUAAAGUUGGUUGGGAAAAACUGGACUCCUACAAAUAGUUUAUCAUCUGAAUCAUGUGAGUCUGGUGUCUAUGAAAAGAGAUUGUGUUUUACCUGACAAUCUCUACCGAGUCACUAAAAUUAUGAGAUUCAAACUGUCAUAUUUAACGUUUUGAUAUAAAAAAGCAGAGCUGUCUGCAUCUCAACCCUUGUUCACAUUGAUUUUCACAGCUUGCUAAGACUGUUAAGAACCAAACUCCUUGUUAAGUCAUUGCCAACAGCAUUUCACAUUGCCUGCAUUGAGGGUCCGAUCUGUUAUGAGAAUAACCUUUUAUAUAAAAUGCUUUAUUUCCAUG